AGACCAGAACGGGCAGCGGAAUCUCGAUAUUCGGCGUAAUUAAUAGAGAUCGCAACCAGAAAAAUCGGGCCCCCGUGUUUAGUUGACUCUCUGCUUGCCGCACGAGCUCAUCUUCCUGGAUCACCCGAGCUCACGUGGUUGUUGCCCCCUAGCGUCUACUCGACGAUACCAACUCCCAUAACUCUUCUCCACCCUCCCACUAGCAUCAUGAAGUGCGCCACUGCAUUUGCCCUCAUGGUGGCUUCGGCCAACGCAUUCGUACCGAGCGCACCCCUUCCCACGGUCACGUCCCGCGCAUCGUCAUCGAGCCUUCAAAUGAUCGGUGGAUUUGGAAGGAAGAGCAAGCCGGCGCCGAAGGCCCCCCCCGCGCGGCCGGUGUCCACCAACGCCGUCGACGGCCUCGUGGGCGCUGACAUCGAGACCGGCGGCCCCUUCGACCCCCUCGGCUUCGGCAAGAACUGCCCCCCCCAGCAAAUGCAGUGGUACCGUGCGGCGGAACUCAAGCACGGACGCGUCUGCAUGCUCGCCGCGUUCGGGCAGAUCACCCAGCACUUCACACACUGGAACGACCCCUCCGGAAUCUUCGACAAGAGCGGGUCCGCAUGGGGAGCAAUGCAGCAGGUGUACGAACAGCGCCCGUUCGCCUUCCUCCAGAUCAUCCUGGCCAUCUUUGCCGUUGAGGUGUACGGCAACAAGAGGCAGGAGGAGAACGAAGCGGGCGGUGACCUGGGCUUCGACCCCCUCGGGCUUAAGCCCUCGAACCCCGAGGCGUGGGAGCGGGUGCAGCUGAGGGAGCUUAAGAACGGCCGCCUGGCCAUGUUCGCCAUCCUUGGCAUGAUCGUGCAGGAGCACAUCACGGGCGUGGGUGUCUUGGAGAAGGUCGACUCCCUCGCCGGCUUGGCUUAAGUGUUUUGCUCUCGACGACGAGAUGUGAUGCAGUUUUUUUAUUCGUUCCCUCCGUCUCUUUAGGUUGCGGCGGCGUUGAAGGGAUUUAACACAUGCAACAGCAGAUAGCCAGCCGUGUUGGAUCCCUCCCAGCGUUCGAACUUGUUGUCGAGUUUGCGAGGGGAACGAUGCAGGGGUACAGGCAUGGGCAUGGGUGGUAGUUUCCUUGCUGUUUGCUGUCAGCGGGCACAGGCGGGCAAACGUUUCGAAAGCGUAUUGGUGCAGAGACACGUACGUACGUUCGUUCGUGGGUGUUUUUUAGAUUCGCUUUUUUAUGGGACAACCUCCUGGUCUUGCGUUCCCCCUUUUUUUUGUGGUUCUUCUGCCGUAGUUGGUGGCUUUUGAUUUUGCGUCAAGAGAAAAAAGUGAUUUAGAGGAAGCUCGACCUUCACGCAAAAAAAGGAAUGUUGGGGAUCUCUCACUGAUCGACAAAUGUAACACGAAGGUUUUAGCACUGCGUUUAAGGGUGGCGUGUUUGACGUGUCAAUGCGUCACCCCCCCCCCUCCCCUCCCCCACACCUUUACAUAUCUUUUCCCCUGGGGAUGAGCGUGUGUCGGAUGUGGUGUAAACGCUGCGUGUUGCAUUCCUCAUUUGACUUGACUCUUGACUCGAUCGAAUUGGAGCACCGGCACGUGUGUUGAGGGGAGAUGUGGCAUAAACGCCUACCAGUCCAUGUGACUUCUCUCGUUAUCUGCCGGUCGGUAUUUUGCAGAUGCCCUGGCGUGUUGCAAGUUCGGGUUUAUGGAAGAGGUGUUUGGCCCCGAGUGAGUCAGUGUCUUGGUAGCGUUGCGCUCGGGAUUUUCGCCCUCCAACAGUGUUGCUACCUGUUGGUGCCACGUUCGAUGUUACUAUCGUAAAGAACGUCUGCUGUGCGUUUUUUCAGUGUCUCGAACACUUUGGAUGUAUGGUAACCACGAAACUUUUAAAAUAUAUAUCCAACGGCGUCUCUCGUUGGAACAUGAGACCGAAGACAUCCACUUGGGCUGUGACCGGUGGUUUAAUGUUCCACGCAAGGAUAAGUUUCCGCUGAUGCGAAUGACAAACGUGCUGACAUAAAAUAGGUAUCUGUGAAACGAAUCCAGAGACCGCUUCGCGCGCGUUCGGUUCUGCCAGUCCAAAUGAAAAGCUUCAAGCAGCAGCAGCAACC